AUGGUAGACAGAAUCCUGAGCAGCCAAAGGAUGCUGGUGUUGCCGCUUUCGGAUCGAUACUCUCUGGCAGGGAAGGUGGCGGCUGUGCCUGAUGAGCAUGGGCGUUUGAUUGAGCGCCUUGCUUCCGCCACCGCCACAUCUUUCAGCGAGCGUGCAGUUUACGUGUAUCAGGAGCUGGUGCCUGGCUUCAAAGAGAAGAUUCCUGAGGGCCGCGUGGAGCAAGCCGCAGAGCUCUCCCCCCACAGCCGUGCAAAGGACUACGUGCUAAAGGGACACAGGCCCCCAGAGUGCGAUGCUCAGCAAGUCCAAACGUUGUGA